CGCCUCCUCUUCGGCGCUUCCCGGCUGUCCCCUCGCCCGGCCGCCCCGGGCCCGGGCCCGGGCAGGGAGCCCCCAGGCCGCUGCUCGGGGGCCGCCCCCCCUUCCGCCGCCACGCGCAGCCCGGCGGAGGCGGCGCCGUCGGAGGAGGAGGAGGAGCAGGGCACUGCGGCUGGCCCCCGAUCGGGCGCCAGAGCGGCAGCAGCUCCGGCAGCAGCGCGGCCUGGGCCGAUGCAGCGGGACGCACCGCCCCGAGCCCCAGCCCCAGCGCCCCGGCUUCCUGCGCCCCCGAUCGGGGCCGCCGCCGGCGGUGGUGGUGGCGGAGGCGGGGGCAGCAGCGGCGGCGGCGGAGGCGCCUCUGCAGCUCCCGCUCCCCCUGGCCUCCCGGGAACUACAAGUCCCAGGGGGCCUGGCGGCGGGCGGCGGCCGGAAGAGGCGGGAUCAGCGCCGCGAGGCAGGAAGUGGCCCUGGAGGCGGAAGUGGCGCGGCCGCGGAGGGGCUUGGAGUGCGGCGGCGGGACCCGGAGCGGCUGCGGCUGCUGCUGCGGCUGGAGGUGGCGGCGGCGGCGCUUUGGAGGCAGCCAUGGCAAAGCAGUACGACUCAGUGGAAUGCCCCUUUUGUGAUGAGGUGACCAAGUACGAGAAGCUUGCCAAGAUCGGCCAAGGGACCUUUGGGGAGGUGUUUAAAGCCAAGCACCGCCAGACCGGCCAGAAGGUGGCAUUGAAGAAGGUACUGAUGGAGAACGAGAAGGAAGGGUUCCCCAUCACAGCCUUGCGGGAGAUCAAGAUUCUUCAGCUUCUCAAACAUGAGAAUGUGGUCAACUUGAUUGAGAUUUGUCGAACCAAAGCUUCCCCGUAUAACCGCUGCAAGGGCAGCAUAUACUUGGUGUUCGACUUCUGCGAGCAUGAUCUUGCGGGGCUGCUGAGCAACGUCCUAGUCAAGUUCACGCUGUCUGAGAUCAAGAGGGUGAUGCAGAUGCUGCUCAACGGCCUCUACUACAUCCACAGGAACAAGAUUCUGCACAGGGACAUGAAGGCUGCUAACGUGCUCAUCACUCGGGAUGGGGUCCUGAAGCUGGCAGACUUCGGGCUGGCCCGGGCCUUCAGCCUGGCCAAGAACAGCCAGCCUAACCGCUACACCAACCGUGUGGUGACGCUCUGGUACCGGCCCCCGGAGCUGCUGCUCGGGGAGCGGGACUACGGUCCGCCCAUUGACCUGUGGGGUGCAGGGUGCAUCAUGGCCGAGAUGUGGACCCGCAGCCCCAUCAUGCAGGGCAACACGGAGCAGCACCAGCUCGCCCUCAUCAGCCAGCUCUGUGGCUCCAUCACGCCGGAGGUGUGGCCGAAUGUGGACAAAUAUGAGCUGUUUGAGAAGCUGGAGCUGGUCAAGGGCCAGAAGCGCAAGGUGAAGGACAGGCUGAAGGCCUAUGUGCGUGACCCCUACGCGCUGGACCUCAUUGACAAGCUGCUGGUCCUGGACCCUGCGCAGCGCAUCGACAGCGAUGAUGCCCUCAACCACGACUUCUUCUGGUCCGACCCCAUGCCCUCGGACCUCAAGGGCAUGCUGUCCACCCACCUGACAUCCAUGUUUGAGUACCUAGCGCCGCCGCGUCGAAAGGGCAGCCAGAUCACACAGCAGACCACCAACCAGAGCCGCAACCCAGCCACCACGAACCAGACGGAGUUCGAGCGCGUGUUCUGACGGCCGGGCCACCCAUCCUGGGGUGCCCUUUCACUUCUGCUAUGGGACUUUUUUGUGUUGCAGAGGCUGCAGGGCGUUUCAGUUCUUUUCUACGUUUUAUUUAAUCCCUUGCAUGGGCACCAGAAGCAGCCAGCGGAGCAGGCAAGCAGUGCCUUGGUCAAAGUUCAGGGGGCUGCGGGAGUGCAGUUCCCCCUGCCCGGAGGGUAUCCGUUCACCUUAGGAUGGGAAGAGGGCGGGAGGAGUUUCCCCAGUGGUGACUUCCUAAGGGGCCCAUGGGACAGGAGGAGGGGUGGGUCCCUCGCUGAUCCAUGGCCUCUGCAGUCCUCCCUGGGAUGGUGAGAGACACGGGAUCAGAGCCAGCCCUGGGAGCCUCCUGCCCCUGGCCUGGGCCUCAGGAGCAUGGGGGCCUGUGAGAACUCUUGGUUUCUUCAGUAGAAGAAUUUUAUCGUGUUUUUUGCCUCAGUUGUUCAGAGACAUUCCUGGAUGAAGUUUGAUCAGUUAUUAAAAGUUGACUUUUUUUUUUCCUGUAA